AUGCAUUUCGGAAGUACGUUACCAUAUUAUCAUACAUCGCCCGUUCCCAGAGGUAGUCGACCUGGCGAAAGACAUUGCUAUUUCGAUUUUGUUGAAUAUUUAUUGCCUAAUAAUACAAACUUAGAUUGUGGAGUUUACACUCUGUACGUAAGAUAUGACGUAUCAUUAAUUAAUCCGAAUUUGAAAUUUUACUAUAUAAAAGGAGAACCUAAUGAUAUUAUUAGAACGUGGUUAUUCGCACGUUUUGUCCAAUCGAGAAAUGCUCGACAAUUAUUUCCAUGUUGGGACGAGCCGAAAUUAAAAGCCACUUUUAACAUCUCCGUCCAACACGAUCAAAAAAACAGUGCUAUAUCAAAUAUGCCGUUACGAAAAAUCGAAUUUGAGUAUACCGGGUUGACGCGUGCACGGUUCCACAUUGCACAUAAAAUACCUGUAAACGAUGUCACGAUUAUAGUGUCCGGUUGGCUGGAAUUUAUUAUUUCCACGAAGAACAAAAUCUCUUUUUGGUGCAAAAGGAACUUGAUACCUUACAUGAAAUGGGCGCAAUAUGUUGCAGGAAAUGUAACCAUGUAUUUAGAAAAUAAUUGGAGGAUUAUUUCGAGAAGCGUGCCGAAAAUAGAUUACGUUGUUAUUCCGAUGGAGUUUUCCGAUUAUAUCAGGCCGACUUAUGGAGUGGUUUUAUUCAAAGAAACAAAUAUUAUCUACUCUGAAGAAUUUUAUCCUGUUGGAUUUAAAAUGUUAUCAAUGCGUUCAGUAACUCACAUUAUACUAAAUCAAUGGUUUCAUAAUUUUUUCCAUCCGUCAUGUCGAUCUUACAGAUGGUUGAACGAAGGCUUUAUUGUGUUCCUCGAAUCAUAUAUAAUUGAUAAGUCUCUUUCUCCUUUUUCUCAUAUUAUGGGAGCAGCUCUAUGGCGCAUGUUAGAAAGAAUAAUUCCAUCUAACGCAUUUUGGAAGGGCAUUAACGAAUAUUUAAACAAGAAAUUUAUUUCUUAUGAUACGGUAAAUACUCCCAAUGAUUUAUGGAGCGUUAUGCAGAUUGUCAUAAAUGAAUUAAAUCUUACAAAUUAUAAUUUGGACGUAAAAGAGAUGAUGGCUUUUUGGGCUAUGCAGCAGCAUUGUCCCGUGUUAAAUGUUACACGAUACUAUUCUAGAGAACGUGCGAAAAUGUUUGUAGAGUUUGAGGACGACAUGAAUCACAAACCUAAUUUUAUACCUGUCACUUUUACUGAAGAAGCAAAUAUUACGAAUUUUAACGUAACUGCUUCAAAUAUUUAUUAUUUGACGCGCUCAAAACCAAUAUUAGACAUACCAUUAUCUGAACCAGAAAAUUGGGUAAUUUUGAACUUACAACAAAUUGGAUUUUAUCGCGUCAACUAUGAUGAUAAAAAUUGGAAGUUAAUUGCGCGUUACUUGAAUUCUGAACAGUAUACAAAUAUACAUGUUCUAAAUCGUGCCCAAAUCAUCGAUGACUCAUUUCAUCUAAUGACACAGAAAAAACUUAAUUUUUCCAUAUUUUGGGAACUCUCGAAUUAUUUAUGGCAAGAGAAGGAUUUCAUAGCAUGGUAUCCUAUGUUUAAAGCUCUGGAAUACAUGUCGAGUAUAAUUCCAUUUUUAAAUGCUGGAGAAAAUUUUCCAGAAUUAUUCCAGGUAUUAAAAAUAAAAAAUCUGUUUGAACGUGUAGCAGAACAAAUAUACAAUCACACGGCACCCACUAAAUACGACAUUGAUAAAUAUUUAAUGCAGGAAAUUGCAAAAUGGAGUUGCAUUAUGAAUAGUACUUUAUGUAUUGAAAAGGCCAAAAAUCAAUUGAGAUUGCAUAUAGAAAAUCCUCAAAAAAAUAGAAUAAUGACUGGAUGGCAUAAAUGGACAUAUUGUAAUGGUUUAAAAAGAGCGAACUACACUGUUUGGAGCCAAGUAUGGACAGAAGCAACUACUAAAUACCAAGAAACAUCUGAUUAUACAAUGUUUGAAUUUCUUACUUGCAUCGAGAAUCCCCAAGUUCUUUUUUAUCUGAAGUCAUUUUUAAGGAGAUUUGAAAUGGAUUUGUUCUUUAAUAAUAAAAAUAAUGAAACGCAACAAGAGAUACAAAAUCAACAGUUUAAAAUACAAGUUAAAGUUUUUUUCUCUAUUCUUGCGACACAUGCUAAAAAUAGUAAAAUAUUUUCAGAAAUAUUAACAAAUUGUAAUGAUAUAAAAUUUAGCCAUAUCAAUAUUACUGCAGCAUUAAUUGUGCUUAUUAAUAAUGCAUACUCUGUAAAUCAACUUGACCAGAUAUCUGCAUUCGCGAGCCAACAUAUGCAACAAUUAUUUCCAGAAGUUAUCCAGAAGACUGUAAAACGUUUAAAACAGAUUAAAGAUCAGCUGAAUUUUUUUCAUAACUUGAUCAAAGAAUCCAACAAAUACAUGGUACGGUAAAAUUACUAACUGAAGUUAGCUCAAAUAACUCAGUUGAGUCAACUAUAAAUGUAAUAAUAGAUACGUUAGCGAAUAAAACAACAGACAUAUAAUACAAACAUAAAAUUGCAAUAAUUACAUAAGUUAAUAAAACUGCAAAACUACCUCA